AUGGAUAAUAAUUACAAUUACAAUAACAAUAAUAAUAAUAGUUUGGUUGUUAAAAAUAAUGAUAAUAUAGUAAAUCAAGAUCUUUCAAUAAUUUUAGAUGAAUUAGAAAGUCAUAGUGAUUUUUUAGUAAAUCAACCAUCAUUUAAUUUAAUGGUAGAAAUGUUCCCAACAAUGGGUAGUUAUUUAGUUGAGAGUUUAUCAUUACAAAGAAAUAUUUUAUUAUACAAUGAAAUAUCAAGACUACCAAAAGAUCAACAACAACCUUAUAAAUCUUCAUUUCGUCAUUUAUCAUUUGAGUUAUCAGAAAAUCCUAACUAUAAACCUAUUACUUCACAUUCAACAUUCAAAAAUAAUAAUAAUAGCAAUAAUGAUAAUAAAUCAAAUAUCAAUUUAAAUAAUUCAAAUAAUAAUAAUAAUAAUAAUAAUAAUAAUAAUAAUAAUAAUAAUAAUAAUAAUAAUAAUAAUAAUAAUAAUAAUAAAAAUAGUGUUGUUAAAAAUGAAAGUAAAGUUAUUGAUUUAGAAAAUGUUAGAUAUCAAAUGACACCAAAAAAGAUAGAAAACAAGAGUAUAAAUGGAGAUGAACCUAAAGAUAUAGAUUUAAAAUAUAAUAAUGAAAAAACUAAUAAAAACAAAAACUCAUUGUCUUUUUCAUUACCGUCAACACCAGUAAAACCAAUUUUAAACUCUCCGCUACCUAAAUCAGUCUCAUCAUCAGCUUUUAUUCAAUCUACUACUACUUCAACACCUACAAAAACAACAACUAAAACACCAAUAAAAUCAGAACAAGUUAAUAACAACAAUAUUAAUAAUAAUAAUAAUAAUAAUAAUAAUAAGAAUAUGAACACACCUAAUCAAUUACCACAACCAAUAAGUAAUAAUAAUAAAAAUAAUUUAGAAGUUAAUUCAAAUACUAAUAAUAAUAAUAAUAAUAAUAAUAAUAAUAAUAAUAAUAAUAACAAUAAUAAUAAUAAUAAUAAUAAUAAUAAUAAUAAUAAUAAUAAUAAUAAUAAUAAUAAUAAUAAUAAUAGUUAUCAUAAUUUAGUAAAUGGUAGUAAUCCAGAAAUUUCUCAACCUCUCAUUGAUAGUAAUGAUUUCCCAAAUCUUGUUAAAAUCAAUUAUUCAAAAGCAUUAAGAGGUGCUGAAAGUAAUUAUUUGAAAUGGAGAGGAUUACCUGAUAAAAUUAUUAUUGACAGAUUGGAUAAAGCAGAGGGUAAAACUAUGAAAUUAAUACACAAAUUCCCUUUAGAUUCAAAUAAUUUGGAACAGAGAUUCAUUAUAAAAGGUGAUAGUACUUUAUGUUAUGAAGUUUUAAUUGGUGGUUCAAGAAAUACAUGUUCCUGUGAAGAUUAUUAUAAACGUCAUCAAGGUAAUGGAUUUUGUAAACAUAUUGCUUAUGCAUUCAUUCAUGGUUUAGGUAUUCCUCGUGGCAGUCAUAUAAUUUAUCAAAAAGCUAUGACAAAGAAAGAAAGAUACUAUUUAUUCAUUCACCCUGACAAAAGUCUCAUUAUUAAUAUUCGUGAUAGAAUACCCGAUCCUAUUAGUGAAACUGCCAUCGCUACAACAGCAGCAGCAACAACAACAACACCUACCAAAAAAACAACACCUACCAAAAAAAAGACUUUAAAUUCUCUUCCUUCCCUCACCUCGCAUCUUGGUACUGAAUCAUCAUAUUCUGAUACAUCACAACCAAACUUAGUUUCACCAAAAAAGAGAUCACAGUCAUUAUCAAAUUCACCAAAUAAAAAGGUAAAAUCCUCUGAAAGUCAUGACGUUAGUAAGUAUUUUAAUUUUAUAUUUCCAAUUUUUAAAUUGUGUUAUUCAAAAACUAAUACCAAAAUUUUAGUAAAUUUAGAUUAG